UUUAGCUCGUUAUGCCACGAAUUCGAGCUUGCGAUCUUUGGAAGCUAGCUCAUGGCUACCAAGCCGAUCCAUGGAUUCCGGAAGCCAACAUAUUAGAUAAUUGAGCUUUCGCAAAAAUGAACGACAGCAAUAUUGACGACAUUGAAAUUCACAACAACAUUGGCGACAUUAAUAUUCAUGCUUUUGCUGGAAUUGUAAUGUUAGCGGUAUCACCUUUCGGAGUCGCCGCCAAUGCCUACGUUUUUCUGAAUGUGUUAAGUCGACGUCAAUCUCGCAAUUCAUUUUUAACUUUAUGUGCAUCGAAAGCACUGUUCAAUUUUGUUAUCUGUUUUGUCUUCCUAAUAUGGUGCACUCCCAUAGCGUUUCUACAUGCUUAUUUCUUGCCACCUGUUGUUGGAAUGAUAUUCGGUAACGUAGUAGGUGGAAUGCUUUACUUGGGUGGCGUUAUAACCCAGGUGCUCGCAUCAGUAAAUCGCCUCAUCGCCUCAUUUUCAAUACAACUUUACAGUAAAUUCUGUACCCUUCGAAAUACCAUGAUUUUCCUAACUCUCUGUUGGAUGGGAACCUUCGCACUUGCCGUUAUCUAUUCCUUGGGCGAAAUUGGAUAUCUUUUUGAUGCGGAAACACUCAUCUGGCAGGGAGACGGCAAACCAAAGUCUACUGAGGCUUUUGAACUAAUCGGCUUAAUUGUCUAUUUAUCGACUGCUGUUAUGUUCAUUUUGAAUACUGUCACGUUCGUGAAGUUGAUCAUGCUUACUAAAUCAAACACUGUAUUAUCAAGCACGGAAAGCACAAAGAGAAUGAAGCGAAAUCGAGUACUCUUCGUACAGAAAGUUCUGCAAGAUUGCUUAUAUUUGGUCGACAUGUUGUUCGCUCAAGCAUUGUCUGAAUUGUUACCUUAUAAUUGGUGGCAAUUUUUGUGCUCUUCUUUCGUGUGGUUGACUCUGAACACUUUGGACGGAUUCAUCAUGAUCAUAUUUGUCAAAGAUCUCAAUGAUCCAAUCCGCAAGCGAAUUCGUCAGUUCACAGUGUCUUUCUUCCCACAUCUACAAAAAUCAAAUGAUCUCUUCAUAAGACGGCAGUCAAAUGUGGUCACCAAAGCGACCAUUUCUUCAUAGAGCUUACCUGUCAAUUAUUCUGGUCGUAUGAGCCAGGUACUUUCCCAAGCAUAACAGCGACGUCUUAUGUGAAGAUGUAAAUAAAGAC